AUGGAACUCAAAAACGAGAAGCUAGUCAGGUUCUCCAAUGAUGGAAAGAAGAAUCUUGAACAUCCUUGGGAAAAUAUAGACAACGCUCACAAACCCCAUGAGAAGCCAUUCCCAGUGUACAAGAUUCAGACAGCACUGAAUCCUGAAGGGAAAAUUAGAAGUGGUGAUAAGAACAGAAUGAAUCUCAAAAUUCCCACGCUUGGAAAGUUUAAGGUUUUCCCAGAAAAUAAUGAGCCAUGGAAUAAGAGAAUUAUUGAUCCUGGAAGUGAUAUGUUUUUGGAGUGGAACCGAGCUUUCCUAUUUUCUUGCAUACUAUCACUGUUUGUUGAUCCACUGUUUUUCUACCUUCCCUCAGUAGCAAAUGAAGGGAAUUCAUCAUGUAUGGCUACUGAUUUGAAUUUAGGAGUUGUUGUGACAUGUUUCCGGACAUUUGCUGAUGUUUUCUAUCUGAUGAACUUGGCCAUAAAGUUCAGGACGGCCUAUGUGUCACCAAGUUCAAGAAUUUUUGGGAGGGGUGAGCUUGUUAUGGAUUCAAAGUUGAUUGCGAGGUGGUAUUUGAGAUCAGAGUUCUUUCUAGAUCUUGUGGCUACACUGCCUCUUCCCCAGAUUAUGAUUUGGUUUAUUAUGCCAGCAAUUAGAAGCUCCCAUGCUGAUCAUACCAACAAUGCUCUUGGACUCAUUGUUCUACUUCAAUAUGUCCCCAGAUUAUACUUGAUUUUCCCAUUAAGUUCCCAGAUUAUUAAAGCCACUGGUGUAGUUACAAAGACGGCUUGGGCUGGAGCUGCUUACAAUCUUAUGCUUUACAUGUUAGCUAGUCAUGUCUUGGGGGCAUCAUGGUACUUGUUGUCAAUUGAAAGGCAUGCUACUUGCUGGAAAUCUGAAUGCAGAAAUGAAAGCCUCCCUAUAAAAUGUGUUCUUAAGUACUUGGAUUGCGGUACUUUAAAUAAUGAUGAUCGCAUGAAGUGGGCAAACACUACUUCUGUGUUUGGUAACUGCAAUCCAGAAAAUAGCACCAGUUUCAGAUACGGAAUAUUUGGAAAAGCAGUGGAAAAUAAUGUUGUCUCCUCUGCUUUUAUAGAGAAGUAUCUCUAUUGUCUGUGGUGGGGUUUGCAGAACUUGAGUUCCUAUGGCCAGGGUUUGCCUGCAAGCACAUUCGUUUGGGAAACUUCAUUUGCAAUACUCAUAGCUAUUCUUGGUCUGGUUUUGUUUGCCCACUUAAUUGGUAACAUGCAGACAUAUUUACAAUCUAUUACUGUGAGGCUUGAAGAGUGGAGGCUCAAGCGACGUGACACUGAAGAGUGGAUGAAACAUCGCCAGCUUCCACAAUAUCUCAGAGAGCGUGUCCGAAGAUUUGUUCAGUACAAGUGGCUUGCAACUCGAGGGGUUGAUGAAGAAACAAUCUUACGAGGCCUUCCUACAGACCUACGUAGAGAUAUCCAACGUCACCUUUGUUUGGACCUUGUUCGACGUGUUCCCUUUUUCUCACAAAUGGAUGGCCAGCUACUUGAUGCAAUAUGUGAGCGGCUGGUAUCAUCCUUGAGUACUCAAGGCACAUACAUAGUUAGAGAAGGUGAUCCAGUUACAGAGAUGCUUUUUAUCAUUAGAGGGAGACUUGAAAGCUCAACCACAAAUGGAGGAAGAACUGGUUUCUUUAACUCUAUUACAUUGAGGCCUGGUGAUUUCUGUGGAGAAGAGCUACUUGCAUGGGCAUUGCUUCCAAAAUCUACUCUCAACUUGCCUUCUUCUACAAGAACAGUUAGAGCCCUUGUAGAAGUGGAAGCCUUUGCAUUAAGAGCAGAAGAUCUUAAAUUUGUGGCCAAUCAGUUUAGACGUCUCCACAGCAAGAAGUUACAGCAUACCUUCCGUUUCUACUCUCACCAUUGGAGGACAUGGGCUGCUUGCUUCAUUCAGGCUGCUUGGCGGCGGUACAAGAAGAGAGUGUUGGCAAAGAGCCUUAGCUUGAGGGAAUCUCAGUCCUUCAAUGAUGAUGAACAAGUCAGGGAUCAAAUGGAACAUGAGGAAGAAGACCACAGUGCUGUGACUUCAAACACUGCACAAGUAAAACAGAACCUAGGUGUCACUAUACUGGCUUCAAGAUUUGCAGCAAACACAAGAAGAGGGGUUCAGAGGAUCAAGGAUGUAGAGAUGCUCAAGUUGCAAAAGCCUGAAGAGCCAGACUUCUCAGUAGAGCCGGAUGAUGAUUAG